CCAUCCAUGGCGCCACUAUAUAUAUGGUGCCAUCCAUGGCCUCUCCAUCUCAAAUCCAUCAGCUGCAAAACCUUCACUCAAGCAUCAAAGCCCUCCUAGUGCUACAGCAACUGCAUAAAACACUUCACUUCUGUUGCAAUUGCAUACAAACAUUUCACAUUCUGUUCAUCUUCAAUCCCCUGACACGCACAAUUAACAAUGGUGGUCCCGGUGAUCGACUUCUCCAAGCUCGAUGGCGCCGCUGCCGAGAGGGCGGAGACCAUGGCGCAGAUCGCCAAUGGCUGCGAGGAGUGGGGGUUCUUUCAGCUGGUGAACCAUGGGAUUCCAUUGGAGCUUCUUGAGCGCGUGAAGAAGGUGUGCUCCGAGUGCUACCGCAUCCGGGAGGCCGGGUUCAAGGCGUCGGAGCCGGUGCGCACGCUGGAGGCGCUGGUGGAGGCCGAGCAGCGCGGCGAGGCGGUGGCGCCGGUGGACGACAUGGACUGGGAGGACAUCUUCUACAUCCACGACGGCAGCCAGUGGCCGUCGAACCCGCCGGAGUUCAAGGAGACCAUGCGCGAGUACCGCGCCGAGCUGAGGAAGCUCGCCGGGCGCGUCAUGGAGGCCAUGGACGAGAACCUCGGCCUUGAGAAGGGCGCCAUCCAGCGCGCCUUCUCCGGCGACGGCCGCCACGAGCCCUUCUUCGGCACCAAGGUCAGCCACUAUCCGCCGUGCCCGCGCCCGGACCUCGUCACGGGCCUCCGCGCGCACACGGACGCCGGCGGCGUCAUCCUGCUGUACCAGGACGACCAGGUCGGCGGCCUGGAGGUGCUCAAGGACGGCCAGUGGACGGACGUGCAGCCGCUCGCCGGCGCCAUCGUCGUCAACACCGGCGACCAGAUCGAGGUGCUCAGCAACGGCCGCUACCGCAGCGCGUGGCACCGCGUCCUCCCCAUGCGCAACGCCAACCGCCGCUCCAUCGCCUCCUUCUACAACCCGGCCAACGAGGCCACCAUCUCGCCGGCGGUGGCGGCCGGCGGCGAAGCCUACCCCAAGUACGUCUUCGGCGACUACAUGGACGUGUACGCCAAGCAGAAGUUCCAGGCCAAGGAGCCAAGGUUCGAGGCCGUCAAGGCGCCCAAGUCAUCUCCAGCGGCUUAAAAGUAAAAAAAAAAACAUUAGUGUGGUAAAAAAUAAUUAUUCAUUUGUUUAUUGGAUAUAAUAUAAUAUCCUGAAGAAAUAAGUGUAAUGUGGGCAAGUAUCUGAGGUGUUUCACUGUGUUAACUGUAGUGGCAUGGUAUGGUGCUAUAUUGUUCUAGUAACAAGAAUAGGAUAGAGUUAAGCACAUGCACAUCCAGCUCUUGGGUUUUUUCAUGUACUUAAAGCGACAAUAAUAAUUGUAAGAUUAAUGUUGUACUAUUAUUGUUCAAAUGCAAUAAAAUGCGACCCCUUUACAGUA